AUGGGUCUCGACCCGCGCGUCGUGGGCGCGCCCGCGCUGGCCACCUGCGUGCACGUCUCGCUCGUCUUCGCGAAGCAAGCGUUGCUCCCGGCGCUGCUGGGAGACGCGUACUCGCCGGCGGCGCUCGCACGGCUCCUCGGCCGGCUCGCGUUGUGCUCCGCGGCGUCGGCGUUGGUUUGCGUGCCGCUCGCCACGGCCGCGGCCAGCGCGACGCGGCGGCCGAAGCUCGUCGUCGUCGCGGCGAUCGCCGCCGACGCCUGGGUCGAGCUGCGGUUCGCGGCCCUCGCGCGGAACGGUGUUGCCGACCCGGCGACACUCUCGAUGUUGGCCAUCGCGCACGGCGUAGCCGCAGCGAUAGCCCCGCUCGCGGCGGCGGCGCUCGCGACGGCGGACGACGGCGGCGGCGGCGGGCGCGGCGCGGUGCUGGCGGGCCGCUACGGCGCGUUUUCCGGCGCCUUGCUUUCGGGCCAGGUCUUGGGCUCGGCCCUCGGAUCGGCGCUCUACCACAAAGUGUCGAAGCGGGCGCCGUUCGUCGCGGGAUUUCUCGCCUGCGCGGCGUCCGCAUCCAUCGUAGCCUUGUGCUGGCCUCAGGAGGCGCUCGUGGAGGACAGCGACGACGAGGACGCUGCGCCGCCGAAGGAUCACCUCUCGACGGUGGUCGCCGACGGGUGCCGGGGAUUUCGGGUGCUGUUCAUCGCGCCGCCGUCGCGCCGCGCGGUGCUGCUUGUCCGGGCGUUCGUCCUGGCCCACGUCGGCGCAGCGGUCGCGCCGGUCUUGUUUCCCGCAUACAAGCAGCGGCUCGGCAUGACGCAGGCACAGUUCGCGUGGCUCCUCGCCUACGCCGCGAUCCUGCGGUGCGCCGGCGCGGGACUGCUGCCCUUUGUCCCUGAAAGACAUCUCGGACCGCGACGGCGACAGCGUGUGCUCGCGAUUUCCUACGCGGCGACUGCGGUGGAGUUAGCUGGCGCUCUUGCGGUCGCGCGUGUCGCGGGCGUCUUCCGAAUAGCUACACUGUCCAUCCUCGUGGGCCUCGGCGAGCCUUUGGUUCGCGCUGAGCUGAUGCUGGAAGUACCAGCGCGUGACGCGGCGGCGGCGCAAGGCGCGCUUGCAGUCGUCGCGAUCGUCAGCGCGCGCGGCGCCGGGCCAUAUCUCUACGGCUGGCUGUUCGACGUGCUCGGCAAACUCGGACCCGUCGGGAUCCUCCUCAUCGCAGCCGUAUCCUUCGCCGCGGCGGCGCAGGCGGCGUACGCGUCGCCGGCCGCCCGCGACGAUCGCGGCCUCCGGCGGAGCGUCUCGACGAUCCUGUCAGAGUUUGACAGCAACGGAAAACACGACGGUCUGCUCUCGAGGCCCCUCCUCGGGUCGGCGCGCAGCCGGUCGAGCGGCUAUCAUAAGAAGGUCUAGGUGUG